AUGGGUAAAGGAAUAGUUUUGCUUCUAAGGGAGAGACAGACAUCCCUUGACAAUACUGAGGACAAUGAAUUUCAAUCUACUGACAUUUAUGAAACAAAAUUUUCCUCGCUUUCAUAUUCAUGCGCAUUUCUACCUGUCUUGUCUCAUAGUUUGCUAAACAUAGAAGAGUUGACGGAAAUAUUAAGAAGAGGACCCGAAAAUAGAUAUUGUGGAGUUAUAAUCACCAGUCAGAGAGCUGUUGAAGGUUUAAUGCUUGCUUGGAAGAAAGCCUUUGACCAUAAUGCUGAUGGCAAUCUGCCAAUUUUCAUUGUAGGAAAAUCAACUUCGAAGAUAUUGAAAGAAUUAAAUUUUAACACGCUCGGUCCAGAAUCUGCAAAGUCAGGCACCUCAGAGUUACUUGCGGAAUACAUAAUUCAAUUUAUUGGUCAAAACAAAAUACUAAACAUUCAACCGGAAACAUCCCUUUUGUUUCUCGUGGGCGACAAACGUCGUGACGAACUUCCAUCCCGGUUGUCAAGUGUUGGCAUAAAAUUAGAAGAAUUGUUGAUUUAUAGAACUGAAAAGCGUGAAGGUUUUUACGCGGAACUCGAUAGAACCGCAAAAGAAUAUGAAAGAAUCGAUUGGACGGUGUUUUUUAGCCCUAGUGGUGUAGACGUAGCUUUAGAUGAUCUUAAGAAAACCGAAUUUUGGGAUGAGACAAAGGUCGCAGCCAUUGGAAAGACCACGGGAAAUUAUCUUGAAGCGGUUAAAGGUACAAGGGUUCACAUCGUGUCCCCCAAACCCGAUCCAGAAAGCUUGGUAAACAGUAUCAACGAAUACGAAGCCACCGCUUCUCGUUCUAUAGUGGAUGAGUAA